CAGGCGCCUAUCACUGCUCCAUUCUGCUUAGAGGGCAGGUUAGCCUGUCUUGUCCUCUUCCCACUCAGCCUUAACCAGUGACAUUUCCCACCUGGCCCCACUCACUGUGGAGCUGACAACUACCACGCCAGGCCCCGCUGGGUUGGAGGAGAGGUUGAAAGCCCUGGAUCCGCCACAGUUGCCAUUGCCUCCCCAAACACAUUGAAAAUGUCCCUCCCUCUCUUGUGUGUCUCCCUUGCAAGUAUAAGGUGUGCUUUCUCAGACCCCCUGCGAUGAGGGAGAGGGCAGGGCAGAGGGGAUGGGGCUGGCCCAGAUCCCACGCCCACAGCCCGGCUUCCACAUGGCUGAGCAGGAACCCGGGAGCGGACGCACACAAAGGAGGGCUUUGAGGUGGCUCCAGCCAAGCCCAGGCCAGUCCCCUCUCCCCCCUGCUGCUUCGCUAGCCCCAAUCUGGGCCUCCCUGUGAGCCCGAUUUAACAGGAAACUGUGGGCCGUGAGAAGUUCCUUGUGACACACUAAUCCCAGGCUGCUGACUGGACCACACCCCCAGUGGAGGCAACCUCCCCGCUCUGGCUCCCCAAGGACGCAGGCACCAGGUGGCCCCAAGGAGGAGCUGCCGACCUAGCAGGGAGGAGGGGCCUGGAGGGACCAGGACGCAGGAAGCAGGCCCUUCUUUCUCCGAGGACUCCGAGUCGUCCAGAGGCAGCAUGUCAGAGGGGGCGGGCACAUUCCGCAUGGUCCCCGAAGAGGAACAGGAGCUCCGUGCCCAGCUGGAGCGGCUAACAACCAAGGACCACGGGCCUGUCUUUGGCCGGUGCAGCCAGCUACCCCGCCAUACCUUGCAGAAGGCCAAGGACGAGCUGAAUGAGACGGAGGAGACCCGGGAGGAGGUGGUGCGAGAGCUGCAGGAGCUGGUGCAGGCGCAGGCGGCCUCUGGGCAGGAGCUGGCCCGCGCGGUGGCCGAGAGGGUGCAGGGAUGGGACAGCGCCUUCUUCCUGCGCUUCAUCCGCGCGCGGAAGUUCCACGUGGGGCGCGCCUACGAGCUGCUCAAGGGUUACGUGAAUUUCCGGCUUCAGUACCCUGAGCUCUUCAACAGCCUGUCCUUGGAGGCUGUCCGCUGCACCAUCGAGGCUGGCUACCCUGGUGUCCUGUCCAGUCGGGACAGGUAUGGCCGAGUGGUCAUGCUCUUCAACAUUGAGAACUGGGACUGUGAAGAAAUCACCUUCGAUGAGAUCUUGCAGGCAUAUUGUUUCAUCCUGGAGAAGCUACUGGAGAACGAGGAGACUCAGAUUAACGGCUUCUGCAUCAUCGAGAACUUCAAGGGCUUUACCAUGCAGCAGGCCGCCGGCCUCCGGGCUUCCGAUCUCAGGAAGAUGGUGGACAUGCUCCAGGAUUCCUUCCCGGCCCGGUUCAAAGCCAUCCACUUCAUCCACCAGCCAUGGUACUUCACCACGACCUACAACAUGGUCAAGCCCUUCUUGAAGAGCAAGCUGCUCCAGAGGGUCUACGUCCACGGAGAUGACCUCUCCGGCUUCUUCCAGGAGAUCGACGAGGACAUCCUGCCAGCCGACUUUGGAGGCACCCUGCCUAAGUACGAUGGCAAGAUCGUCGCCGAACAGCUCUUUGGCCCCCGGGCCCAAGCCGAGAAUACAGCCUUCUGAGGACGUCUCCUGCUGUCAGCCCUGUAGUUAGGAUCCCUGGGCCUCUCCUUAGCUGUCCUGGACCCAGAAGGCUGGGCAAAGGGCUGCCUGGAGUGACUGAUGCUCCUGAACCUCCCUAAGCUUGGGUGAGCUCAGGUGUCACCCUCCACCCAAGUUGGGGUGCAAUAAAACAGGGGGAAUUCCCUUGAAUGAGAAGAAUUGGGGGCAGUUAUAUUCCUACUGCUUCUGAAGCUUUAGGACUGUGUCUUGUGUGGGGUUGAGUUUCCAAGACUCUAAUUAAGCUUCUCAAUGAUUUCUUUCCUUUGUAACAGUUUUGCUACUUAGGGUCUGUGAAAACGGAUAGGGAGGCUGGUUUAAAAGUCUCCUCCCUGGCCAAAAAAAUACAAUAAAAGGAUAAAAGGGGUGGGGGGCGGGAUAAGGGCAAAUGAUCUGGCAAGCCCAGUAAUCUUGGCGGAUGGUAGGCAGGGGAGGGGUGUUCCAUGAAGUCCAGAGUGGAAGCAGCCUUGAAGAGGCUCCAUUUUGCGGUGGCCUGGUCCCCGAGUCGGGUGCAAUCUGAUGUGUGCAUGUGUAGUGAUGGUCAGGAGCUUAGACCUCCUUCCAGGUGGCAGUUGUGUCCCCCUCUGUCUGUCUGUAGGGUCUCUCCUCCAGACCCCUGGCCUCAACGACCAUUUUCCUUAGAUAUACAGAUGCUGUCUUCUCUGAGCACUCUCAGUCCUCAAUUAUGCACUGCAAGCUUUCUUUGUCUUCCGUCUCAGGAACUUUACAGUCAUGAACUUCUACUUUCCAGCUCUGCAUAUUUUGAUGAAUGCAAAUGCUUUCCUCGGGUGUUUGGUGAUUUUUGAACAUGUGCUCAUUUUUGUUAGAGGCUUUGGUUUGCUGGGCGUGCUGCUCCCUCUUGGGGAAGGGCUGGCUUCUUCUGGGCGUGGGGCUCCCAGGCAUUGACAGAUACUUCUCCCAAGACCCCACCCUGACUUUCCCACCUAGAGGCAGAUGCUUCUUCCUGUUGUCUGGCUAGGGGUGGUGGGUGAGGGUCGACUGGCCUGGCUGCUCCCACUGAGGUACUCCAGUAAUCAUCCCAAGACUUCUCUACCCUUGCCUGGGGGUCAGCCCCUUCCUUGUGGCCAUGGAGCACCCUUGGUGCUGCACCCACCUUGUGGGGCAGGACCGUCAGCUGCUUCCUGGGCUGUGGGUUCAAUCCAGUCCCAUCUGCCUUCACUCCUUCAGGAACUUCUUGAUCCACAGAGAGCCCUCUUGCUUGUUUUCCAGCGUGGCUAUGUACAUGUACAUGUCUACGUGAAUGUACAUAUGUAUAUGCAUUUAUUUCUUACAUCCUUUCUUUCAUUGCUAGGGUUUGCAAUGUAUGCUCGUCACCCAAGCAAAUACCCUGUUUAUCAUGUUCAGUCAACAAUCCAUGGUCAUAAAUGACAUUGACAUAGGACCUCUGAGCUGGAGGAGGAAUCACAGCACAUUAUUGUGGGCGGAAGGGUGGGAGGCUGACCAGCGAGAAUUUUCCCCAAACGCUUCUUCAAACCCUUUCAAAGUUGAGCUCCCCUUUUCCAAAUCAAAUCUCACAUGGAACUCUAGUGUUUAAGCCUGAAAAGAGUGAAGCUGCUCUGGUUGAAGGGGGCUCAGCAGCCUCACCCCGAGGCAUCUCUCGGAAGAUCUACAGCUGAGAAGGUAUUUCCAGUACAAGGGCGUGAGCACAUCUGUCCAAUGGUGCUGAGAGGUCAAGUGAUAAGAGAAUGGAGAUUUGCAUUUGCCAAAUGAGGGGCCCUGGUGACCCCAGAGUACAGGUGUUGGUAGAGUGGGGACAAGGACGUGGCUGAGUUAAAGAAAUGGAAGGAAUAAGCAUUUUUUUAAGCUUUCAAGGUAUACUUUUAGUUGGUUUUCAAACGAAUCGUGCCCCAAAUCUGAGGGAAACAGUGGCUGAUCCCUCUUGGUUGACUCCCAUCUUCCCCUGGCCCCAGAUUGCCGGGACCCCUCCUGGACCAGCCUGGGCCCACCCUCUGAUUUGUGGGGGCUCUCAUUUAUCAGUGAGAUCAGGAUGUGGAGAAAACUGCAGGCCGAUGCUGACCAGGGGCUCUUUAGGCAGCUUGGCUCUUAGUCAAAUCCAAAUGGGAUGCUGGGGUCCCCCCUAAAGUCAGCAGGGCUACGGCCUUGGCUUAGGGUCUGGGUUUGACACAAAAGCCCAGGGGCUUUCUGAGGAGGAAGCUGCAGGGUUGGGACCCCUGAGUGGGCUCUGACUAUGGGCUAGCAGCGCCCCCUGCUGGCCUUGCCCUGGUGCUGCCCCUCCAUGCACAGAGACCCCUGAGCCAGAACUUGCCCAGGCCCCCUGGUGCCGCCUUUGGGAGAACAUGUCUGAGGACCAUCAAUGUUAUAGUCUGAUGUGCUCAGCCUCACAAAAUGCCAGCUGCCUACGUGCUGGAUUCCUAAAGGGGCCACCACCCCCACAUUAAUGAGAGAGAGGAAGAGGGCCAAUAAAAUACUCUUUUGAAAGCCACCGAAUGUGGGAAAGGGGACAACAAAACAUGAAUUUUAUGACAACUGUUUGCUGUCCCGAACAGCUUCCUUUCUGGAAACAUCUGGGAUGAGGCAGGGAUUCUGCUCCAUAAAAGUAAUUUGAACAGAGCAUGAUACAUUUCUGCCAUCCUCAUGUGGACCUGCGGGCAAUGCUGUCUGUUAGCAGAUGGAGGCAAUUUGUUAAGGUGUGGAUGGGCGUCUCGGUGGGGAAAUGGGCCACUAGCUUCACGGAGCCUCUGAGCAAGAUUGGCCACUGCUCAGAGCCUCUGGCCACUGCUCAGAGCCUCGAAUUCACCCAAGGGAUGUGGAGGAGCUGGAUUUGCCAAUGCUGCCUGGUUGCCUGGCAAAGUCUACAUGGAAGAGGGAUGCGCUGGUCUUAAGCCAGCCAGGAAAAGAGCUGAAGAGUCGCUUAAGGGGCAAAUUGGACCAUGUUUUAUCUCAUUUUCUGUGGCAGGCGCGGCUCUGGUGUUGAGGAAACUCGGCAGUGCUGGGUCUGGAUGCUCACAGGAUCCCCAGGAGCCUCAGUACUCACUGUGGUCCAGGGAGCUUGCCAGCGAAGCAUUUUAAUAGGAUUCCCUGGAGACUGCACAGUAAAGCAGUGAUUUGCAACCUCCCUGCUCCCUGGGGAGCUUUAAAACUACUGAGGCCUUGACCCCAACCCCAGACAGUCUGAUGUCCUUGGGCUGUGUGUGGUUUGGGCAUCAGGAUCUUUCCAAGGUCUCCAGGUGGCUCAAAGGUGCACUGCCCUAAAUCUUGUGUGUUGACAUGUGGAGGCGAGGAUAUGGAGGAACCCACUUUAGCAAGUUUUAAUAAUCCAAGGAUUUAAAGGCAGACUCUGCACUUGGCUCUUCCUGAGCAGAGAGGACAGAGAAGCAGGACUGCAAAAGCCCAUUUGGGAAGGCAGCAGGUGCCUGGCUAUCUGGUCCAGAAUUACAGCAAUUUCCUCCCUGGGGGCUGUGCCCAGCAGUAGCCCUGCCAUCAGGCGGAAAUGUAUAGGUCUCAUCCCUUGAUUUCUCAAGGUGGCUAUAUUACGGAAGGAAGAGAUCAGGAUCAGAGUUUGAUGAUGCACACGUGUGGCUGGUCAGCACUUCCAAGCCCAGGGAUGUUUCUGAAAACUAUACCCAGGCCCAUCUCUGCUUUCCCCGUGGGCCCGGCAGUUAGACAUCCCCGGCUGGAGCUGCACCACCACACACUCUUUUCUUCUGGUUUCUACACUGUCCCAGAAGGUGAUUUAUGAGCGGGAACCAAACAGACAAUGCCCAAACCGCUGCCCAAAAUAACACUAGCACGUUGAAAAAUAUUAUUUUAUUUGAUCCUCUCAAUAUCCAGACAUAGGCAUUCUUAGAAUUAUUCCCAUCAUACAGGAGAAAAACAAAAACAAACAAAAACCUGAGGUUAACUCCUGCUCAGGGUCAGAGCUAGGAAGUGGCUAGGAUGGGACUCUAACCCAGCAACUCUGGCUCCAAAUCCCUUUAGUUCUGUUACAACUUGUACUUUGCAUCAAAAGUUUAUUCGGGGAGGUGUAGAUAGGAGGGGCAAAAAAACAAUGAAAUCAGAACUUCAUUUAUUCCAGGUCAGUUUCACUAACCAUCAUCAGAUAAAGGAGGAAACAACUAGGAGGAAACCAAACAGUCUUCAGUAGAGAUGGUGGUGUAAUUCCAAAUGGGGUAGACAGCAUGAAUCAAAAUGAAGUUCUGGGUGGCACACAGCCACAGGAGAGAGGGGUUUAACUUAUCCCCUCUUUGGGGAGGGGUUCAGCCAUUCAAAGCCAAACUACCCAUAACGUCUUCCUAACCACCCAGGUCCACGGCUGGCACAUUCACCUAACCUCUCCUAAGGGGGCAUCCCAAGAAAGAAACGAGGAGGGAGGCUGUCGUACAUAUGGAGGGCCAUCCACUUUGGGGUUUGGUGCGCGCCAUGGGAAAGUACUCCCUAUCGGGCUAGAGCCAAGGGGGCUGUUGAUGAAAGGUAUAAUACAAAAUAUAUUGGCACCAUCUGCACAGCCAGUGAUUAUAGGUAAAUGUGACCCAGCACAGAUCUCUAGAGUUGCCUUAGGAGAGGCACAGCUGGUGGUCUUAAACCGCCAUAUUGGCAAGCUGCUGGCAUUGACCUACCUAACACCCUGGGCCUGGAAUCUCUUCCAUCUGGUACUUUUCAUAGGUAGUAUUUUUUACAAGUUGGUUUUCAUGGAUCAAAAUAGCCUGGCUAUUUUGUGGGGCAUAGGAAGUGGGGGGAAGCUUGCUUAGCAGAGGGAUGCACUUUGAAAUUUGAUAUUGGGCAUUCUGAGGUCAUGUAAAUGCACAUCCUCCAAAACCAACACUCCCCACCCCACCUAGCUUGUCAAAGGUUUUGCACAGCCAAGGAGGGAAGACAACUCUUGAGUGCAAGACUCUUCGGGCAGGGGAGCAUGGACUGGUACAACUCUCCUGGCUGGACCAGUGCUUGGCCCUGGGAGACCCUUAGCUGGGAUUCAGACAGAUACAAAGGAGAAGAAAACACCUCCACCACUCAGUCAACCCAAUAUAAUCUUAGUUUAGGUGAUGUCCACCCAGUCUUUUCAAAGCACUGUUAGAAAAGCACAGAAAUCAUGCAUGGGAACCACCACUUACCUCUCACCUUACAUUGUCUCUCCAUGGUUCACUUUACAGAGCAAGUGAUUAAAAUGCUGAUAUCUCACUUAUCUCAGGCCUUGGCUUUCUUGCCUGGAGACCAUGGGCUGUUCAUUUCUUUGGUAUUUGUUUGCAAGGCUGGGUUAAAAAUCAAUCGUGAUGAGAACUUGGUGUUUUAUCGAUUUUCCUUCAAGCUCAUGCUUUGGUGAACAUACAGGAAGAAUUCUUUUAGAUGGAAAAUCUCCACCAUACAAAGGACACACAGCCAGCCAACAUUUUUAGUCUUUUAUUUUUUUUAAGUAAAGAAAUUCCACUGAAUCAAAGAUAACAAAAUUACAGGUUUUUUUGUAAUGAUCUUUGUUUACCACCACACACAAUCAAA